AUGGAUUUUUUAUUUCAAUUCUUUAUCACAAGUUUGAUAUGUGGUGGUCUACAAUUUUAUAUUUAUUCAAAAAAAGAUAACAACAACACCACUACCACCACCAAUAACAAUAAUAACAUUAAUAAUAACAAUAAUAAUAAUUCAACAUUAUUAGAUAUUGGUAGAAAUGAAGAACCAAAUAAAAAAGGUGAAAUUGAUAAAUCAAAUUUCUUAACAGAAAAUGAAGAAAAACAAUUUAAAAAGUUUCAAAAUAAAUAUUUAUUAACUUAUUUAUUAGCAAUGGCAUCAGAUUGGUUACAAGGACCUUAUGUUUAUGUAUUAUAUGAAUCUUAUGGUUUCACAAAACAAGAAAUUGCAAUUUUAUUCAUUUUUGGAUUUUUAUCAAGUUUAAUAUUUGGUAUGGCUGUUGGUCCAGUUAUUGAUAAAUAUGGUAGAAAAAGAAUGGGAAUUUUAUUUGGAAUUUUAUAUGGAUUAAGUUGUUUAACAAAAGUUAUUAAUAAUUUUAGUAUAUUAUUAAUUGGUAGAUUAUUAGGUGGUAUUGCUACAUCAUUGUUAUUUUCAGUAUUUGAAAGUUGGAUGAUUGCAGAACAUAAUUCAAGAGGAUUUAAAGAGGAGUUAUUAUCAUCAACAUUUUAUAAAAGUUCAUUAUUAAAUGGUUUAGUUGCAAUUGGAUCUGGUUUAUUCGCUAGUGAAGUUGCCAAUAGAUGGGGAUACGUCUCACCAUUUCUUUGGGCAUUUUCAUUACUUGUGACAUGUUCAAUACUUAUCGCAACUCAAUGGAAUGAGAACUAUGGUGACUCCUCAUCACCACUAGUAACAACUUUAAAAACAUCAAUUCAAUCAUUAAUUAAUGAUCCUGCAAUCAUUAGUUUAGGUACUGUUCAAUCAUUAUUCGAAGCUUCAAUGUACACUUUUGUAUUCAUGUGGACUCCAACAUUAUUAGAAUCCUCUGAUCUAUUAAAUGUUCAAUUACCAUUUGGUUUAAUUUUCGCAACAUUUAUGGUUUGUGUUAUGAUUGGUUCUUCAAUUUUUAAUUUAUUUCAAAAAAUUUUAAAACCUGAAAUUUUAAUUCAAUAUAUUUUAUUAUUAUCUUCAAUUUGUUUUAUAAUUCCAUUCUUUUUUAAUAAUUCAUUUAUAAUUUAUUUAUCAUUUUUAUUUUUUGAAAUUUUAUGUGGUUGUUAUUUUCCAUGUGCUGGUACAUUAAGAAGUAAAUAUAUUCCAGAAUCAAUUAGAGCAACUGUUAUGAAUUUAUUUAGAGUACCAUUAAAUUUAUUAGUUGUAACAAUAUUAGUAAAUAUUGAAAGAAUUUCAAAUCAAGGUAUUUUUUUAACUUGUUCAAUUUGGUUAAUGAUUGCUUUAAUUUAUUAUAAAAUUUCAAUUUCAAAAUCACAAGAAUUAAUUAAAGUAAAUAAAUAA